UUUGCUUUUUGUCUGCUUACCCAUACUCUCACUGGCAAGUUCAUCUCUCCUGUUCCUGGGGCAUUCCUUUACUGGUAUAGAACCUACUUCUUCAGGAUUCCAACAUAGCUCUCUAGUACCUCCCUGGGACUCUAGAACCAAAUUCAGACAGCUGAUACAUUUGGUCUUGUGGACAACUCCUGGAUCCUUGGCCUUUCCAUCGGGAGAAAGCCGAUUGGACUCAUCAGACCACAGCCUCUCUUAAUACCCUCAAACACCAAGAGAUGCCUAAGGAGCACCAAGAGAUUGUGCUGGGGGGACCCCACAUCUCUACUUCUGCAACAACCACCGUGGUCAACAUGCCUGGUGAGAUCUCCAUGCCUGACCAUGUGGUCUGGUCCCUGUUCAAUGCACUCUUCAUGAACUUCUGCUGCCUGGGUUUCAUAGCCUAUGCCUAUUCUGUGAAGUCUAGGGACAGGAAGAUGGUGAGUGACAUGACUGGGGCCCGGACCUACGCCUCCACUGCCAAGUACCUGAACAUCUGCGCUGUGGUCUUCAGCAUCAUUAUGUUCAUUGUCACCAUCAUUGUUUAUGUCAGCUUCUCCUAGAGUUCUCACGGAUGGUAAUGGAUUGUGGAGCCUUCUAGUCCUGCCUGUGCUCCACUGUCUACAGCUGCCCCUUUACUCCACACAUAUGUGAGUGUUAACUCACACAUCUGUUCACAGUGGAUCCAAUAAAGUGCAUUGCUGACAACC